AUAAACUUAUUAAAUAGUUCGAUAUGGCUGAAGCUGGUUCAGAAGAUAAAAAGUCAGCGGCUAAUUGGAGCGAUUUGGAAUUACGUGAUGCCCCAGAUUUUCCUGGAAAAGAACACUUGGCGGCGUUCGCUAGAAUGGAAGUAGUCUUCGAUAAGCUGAAGAUACUCCAGUUUGAGGCUCAACUGAUGCCGACAUUUAAAAGGAUGGGAUAUAAAGCUAUCACGAGGGACUUCUUCGCAUGGAGUCACGAAGAAGAGAGCUCGCGUAGUCGUAUAAACAUGUUCUUCCCUUUCAUCGCACUAUGCCAAUGGCUAUUACACAAAUGCGGCGACUCCGGUUUUAUGAAAGAAGUUGACUUGGAGCGACAGGACCCAACGACUACGAUAAAAGAAUUGGGGAACUCGUUGCACGCUCUCAAUUGUCGAAUUCCAGAGGGUGACGAGAGGAAGCUGAUCAGAGGCUAUGGUCCAGAAUGCGUACGAGUUCUGCAUAUUCUAUGCGAUGAAGCCAUAAGCAAAACGAGAGCUCUCUGGAAGAAGGAACCCGAGUAUCCAGAAGUAUUAGGCGACGGUGGUAUUGGAGGCGACGAUGAUGAUGCUGCGCUCGUCGAGGACGAUAACUGCGAAGUAGUGGUUCGCGACGACGAUAGUAUUGAGGAAGAAAGUGACGAGAAUGAUGAAAACUAUGUCGACCUUGAGACUGUGUCUGCCCAGCGAAACAGAGGAGGCUUCGGAGAAGUUACAGGAGCAGCAGGCUCAGAUUAUAGCUCUGGAGUAGGUGCAAUGGGAGACGUUGGGGGUGCUGGAUUGGAAAUGGAGUGCGAGAUUGACCCAAAGGACUGGCGUGAAGAAGUUGAACGAGUGCUUCCGUCUCUCAAGGUCACCGUGCGGGCAGAUCACAAGGACUGGCGCUCACAUAUAGACCAGAUGGAGAGCCACAAGAAGGCCAUGGACAGUUCGAAGGAGACGUGUGAGUUGUUGGAGAAGCUGUCCAGGGACAUCACGGAGACGCUGAACAAGAUAGAGAGCAGGGAGAGUUAUAUGAACAGGGCCCUGGAUGUGGACAUCAACGAGUACUCCAUGAAGAACGCGCAACUCACCGAGAUCAAGGCCAAGUACAAGAAGGCGUCGGGCGGGAUAGCGGAGAGGUCGCACACUCUCAUGCAACUGACGGAGGAGUUAGACAGACUGAAGGUGGAGAUGGAGCAGAGGGGGUCACUACUCUCCAACACAGAGCCGCUGAAGAGCAUCAAGAGUUCUAUUCAGCAGAUUAAAAGCGAGACAGUCCAGAUGGAUAUGCGCAUAGGGGUGCUGCAAAACAUACUCCUUCAUUCAAGCCUCAUCGAAUAAGCGAGCUACAUAUCAAACGGUUUCAGAAAAUUGCAUGUUUUGAAAUCAGAGUAUGCACCGCAAACAUGUAGAUGAAAGAGAUAAUGUUGAGCGGGCCUUGUGACAUUGUACAGAGACUGGACAUGAUCUGAUUGACGGAAGUUAUUAAUUCCCUUUAGCCCCGUUUUUCUUGUAAAUAUUGUCAGAGGAGUUGUUCAUUAGUGCAAUAUGUAAGAUGUAUCAUGUGUAAAUAAUUGCAAAUUAAUUUCAGAAUUUGAU